UCCAUAGUAGUGAUAAACAAAGUAAAUCAUAUUCAUUUUAACACUUCAAGUGUACACGCAGAAGAAGCAAGCAAUUCAAGAGAACAUUCGAAAGGAGCAAGAUGUUACGGCAAAUGGUAUUCAAGAAUUUUAUCAAUUUUAAAGAUUUUCAAAGUUUGGAAUUCAAGGAUGGUCCACAUUUUUUCAUUGGUGCUAAUUCUUCGGGAAAGUCAAGUACGUUAGAAAUUCUAAGAAGAUGCAUGUCAACUGAUAUCAACACUUCGAUAUCUUCAUCAUAUGACGAAACUAGAAAUGCCUACGCUUUUUGUAAAUUUGAUUUACCGUCUGUUACCGAUAUCAGUAACUUUAAAAACAUAAAUAAAAUUUAUUCAGGAGUAAUUAAGACACACGAGAAUAAGUUCAUUAAAAUUGUAUGCCUUGAACAGAGAGAAUCGAAAUCGAUAGUCAUGCAUGUCAUUUAUUACCUCCAAGAUGGAAAUAAUCUUACGAUGGUCGAUAAAAAAACACUCAAUGCUGAAACAUCUAAAGAGUUGUCUAAUAUGUUGAUGAACCUUUUAUCUGCUAAAACAGAACUAGAACAAACCACUUUGGAGCAAAACUUCCUGGAAUACGUUGUCGAGUCCAGGGAGAAUCUGUCGUCUAUAACGGACGAGGAAAUACAAAGAUAUUGGGCAACGGAAGGUAGAACUGCUGAGGACUUUUUAUCGAACUUGUCAACUAAUCAGUUCAUUAGGGAUUUGGAAUCAACGUAUGUUGCAACAAUGCCCAUGAGAGCUAUUGGUACACUGCAGUGGACUAGAAGCAAGAAAAUUACCCUCAAGGAAGAGAAUUAUCUUGAGGCGUGUAAAAGAGCCGAGAUUAUAAAUGAACUGUUGACAUCUGAUGAGGUUGACCAUGUAAAAGCGGAUAGUAUAUUGAAAUUUUUUACUCAUCCAUUUGAAUAUAAAUUUACGUCAAAAUCAAAUCCGGAUGAAAUAAAUGUAAAAGAGACAAAUUCUUCUGAAUUUCAUCUCCUGAAAACACCAGAAGGUAUUAUAGAAGCCAAACAGUUCUCCCUUAUCAUGGCGCAUACAGUUUUCCAUACAAUUUGCCUAGAGGAACCUGACCGGUGUAUGCAUCCUCAAAUGGUCGAAAGGAUGCGAGACAUCUUCCAAAGCGAGAGUAUACAUAGGAACAAAGUAGUGGUUGUAAUAUCCCACAACCCUUUCCUGAUAAACAAUAUCACGGCAGAAAACACACACGUUUUCUUCCGAAAAAGCACACAAAAUUCAUCCAAAGUACGCUUCGGUAUUUGGCCAAUCGACAAAAUAAACCGACAUAUUACUGAUGUAGAUAAUCUAAAGAAAUUAUUUUUUGCAGUUAAAGUACUUUGUAUGGAAGGCUCAACCGAUAAAAUUGUCAUCGAAGGUCUAUUUGACUUUGUACUUAAAUAUUCUGAUUACAAACUUGACAUGAAACAUGAUAUUGUUAGUCAUCAAUUGGUAGUCCUAGGUUCUCAUACAUUCGAUUCUCCAGUAAGGCAGUUUUGCAAACAAACAAGUGUGUCUUGUAAAUGGGUUUUCGAUCGAGAUAAAUAUAUUUUUUUGGACCAAACCAACAAUCAAAAGGUAGUAAAUAUAGACAGACAAAGGUAUGCUGAUGGAGACUACUCCAAAUUCCACAACAGACAUGUCACAGAUUUUCUUGAAGAUCCAAAUGGACUCAACAAAUUGUCAGAACAAUUAUCUGACAAACAGAUUUUCAUUUGGAAAUUAGGAGAUUUAGAGGACACUAUCAUAGAUUCCUUACGCACUAUAGCCCCAAGUGAUCAAAGUGAUAUAUUUGAUGAAAGUCGUCAAAAAUUGACCAAAAAGAAAAUUAAAAAGAAACUGUCAAGUUUACCAAGAGACAAAUUGGCAAAACUCUCAAGGAUAAUGUUUAAUAGUCCGGAGGUAAAACGAUUUUUAACAUUUUUAACAGAAUCACACUGAAUCACAAUCUGCACGAAUGUCUUGAUUACUGUAAACAAGAAGUCAAGUUCUU